AUAAGAAAGUGGAGGCAGGCUUGUGGGGAUACGAUCUAAAAUGAUUCCACAUGAAAGAGGACCGGGCAAUCGCCCUCUUGAGUAAUGAAGAAGCGGGCUAGUCCCCGAAAAUGCCCGUUAAUAAAGCAAGUUGGGGAAAAAAUCGUAGUUCAGAUUCAAGUCGGUUCAGUGAGGGCGACCGCGAAAGUAUAAAUGCUAUAAGCAUAGAAAAACUUCUCGUAAUGUAUUUAACCAGAAAAUCGAUUAUGCUCCUGCGGAAGUAUCUACUCGUUACGGAAUCUCAGGUGUCAAAGUAUGGAUUUCAUAUAGUAAAAAAAAAGGGGGACGUGCUAUAUCCGAAACGUACGAAAUAUAGUAAAUAUCGUAAAGGCAGAUGUAGUAGGGGUUGCAAACCGGAUGGUACAAAACUGGGUUUUGGAAGAUAUGGCACUAAAAGUUGUAAAGCUGGUCGUCUUUCAUAUCGAGCCAUUGAAGCAGCGCGUCGGGCUAUAAUCGGACACUUACAUCGUGCUAUGAGCGGACAAUUCCGAAGAAAUGGUAAGAUAUGGGUAAGAGUUUUCGCGAAUCCCCCAGCACUGUUGGGGGGGUUCUAUUACUUUCUUGUUUUCAUAGCCCCGAAGUUAGGGCGAGUUCUCUUAUUAUUGAGACUCUCGUUCUGUCUUCUUGGGCUUCUGGAAACCCCCACUUUAUUUGUCGUUCCACAUGUGGACCUGCCUGCCGCCGAUACGGAGGGUAACGAGAUUGCUCUCAAUCCCUCCGUAUCGUCGUUGUACAACGAAAUUGAGAGUUCCGACUCUUUACGAGCACGGAAUCUCCAAUUGGCGGAGUCUUGGGAACGGGUCGAGGGGACGGAACGGGCCCUCCAGAACGAGGGGGAUCCAGGCCGACGUCGGGAAUUAACGGCGCGCCUGGAUCAGGAAAUUAGAUCACUCCAACGCCAAAUCCAUCUCGGUCGAAGAGCUGAUUCCAUUCGGGAUCGGCAAAUCGCCGAGUGGAGGGGAAGGUUUAAUACGGAGUUAGCAAGGGUAGAGGAGGAAAGCGCACGCCGUGCGUUCCUUAAUUGGUGUCUCCGUGUGCUCAUCCAUGCACACGAGCACCAACCCCCCCAGAACUAAAUCCGUUCUUUCGUUCUCUUCUUUCUUUUCAUAGAUUUCAGUCUGUUUGUGCAUCUUUCUUUCUCCCAUGCUUUCCGUCGGUCAAACCAACGAUUCUCUUCUCAAAGUAA